UGAAAGCAGCCAUCAGGAGAGAAGUUCAAGCACGGAGAUAAGGACCCCUGGUGCCCCCGUGGGGCUGGUGAGGAUGCUGGCUGGGAGCAGGGAGUGGCACGGGGCAGUGCCAGCAGCAAGCAGGGGCAAGGAGCACACAGGUGCCCCUGCCAGUGAUGGGGAUGUCACCCUUCCAGGAGCAGGAUCCCCAGAGAACCCUUCUGCUGGGACAGUGAGCCACCUGCUCACCCACAGCCAUCCUCCUGACCCUGGAAACCAUCACCAUGCUGCAGGCAGGCAGAGGAGAGGCAAGAGGGCUCUGGCCUCUCCCAGCACCCCUGCAGCUGCUGAAGGGACAGCACCAGGCUCAGGAACCAUCGGCACUGAUCCGGCUGAGGGGACGCAGGGAGGGCACCAUGGGGCCUGGAGCGUGUCAGGGUUUAACAACACUGUGAGGGCAGUGCUGCAAACUUCAUCUUCACAAUCUCAUCACCCAGGCCCUGACAGCCUCUCUCAACCAGUGAGCAGCUGGGUGGGCACAGAGCUGGGCAGCAGCCCUGCCAUGGGCACUGCAGCUGCUUCACCCAGCCCCUCGGGGAGCAGCCCCAGCACUGCCCUCCCUGCCUCCCUGGGACAGCCCCAGGCCUUCUCCCAGGCUGCAAGGACCCAGACUGCUGCAGAGCACGUCAUGCUACACCCCAGGGGUGUCACUGGGACCUCCACCAGCCCUUUGCUGACAGCAUCACCUCCCAAGGACAGCACUUUUGGAGCCAUUGGAAGCAGCUACCAGCCAUCCAACAACUCAGCUACGGAGAGGUUUGGUUCGGAUUUCCCCACAGCCGGCACCUCCAUUCCCACAACAGCCACCAAGGGUGGAGGGAGGACAUUAAGGUCUCUGCCAGCCAGCACCAGGCUGGUCACCAUGGCAGAGAUUUCCCUCUCUGGGACUGAAAUCACCAGCUCUUCAGCCCAGAGCCAGACCCCUGGGAUGUCUGUGGGUGCCCAGGGUGGUGGAGGCGGAGGUGUCACAGACCCAUUGCUCACAGGCUUGCCGUCUGCUUCAGAAAGUGCUUCCACAACUUUUAGCAGCAAUUAUGAACCCCCCAAGAGCAUCCCAGGUGCCGAAGAGGCGCUGCUGCACUUGGACAUCCAGGGUGCAGACAUGUCCAGCAUGGCAGUGGGGACACUGAUGUCCCCAGAGAGUGGCCACACAUCUGGGAUGACAAGGGACUCUGCCACCAGCACCAACCCCACAAGCUCUUUGGGUGGCACCUCCUCUUCCUUGAGAACUGGGGCACAUCAUCCCAACAGCUCACAGGAAGCCACCGAUCUCCCAGGUCCUCCUGGGGGUCCUUUGCUCACAAGCUCCCUCUCUGCCUCUGAAGGUCCUUUCCAAGGUGUCAGAAGCAGCCACAGACCAGUGGCUGAGAAAGCCUCCCUCACUUCCUCUGCCACCAACACUCCCAUUUCAGCCACAUCCAGCGGUGGUGGGAGGCCAGCCAGGUCUGCCUCGGGCAGCAGCCGCUGGACAGCAGCCAAGGGCUCCACGUCCAGCAGUGCCAUGCACAGCACCUUGGGCACAACCCAGUCCUUGUCCACAUCUUCUGUGAGAGAGACCUCCAGAGCUCAGGGGUCCACAGGAAUGACAGAUUUCACUGAGGUGGGAGACCCUUCCCUAACACGCUCUCACUCUCCUUCGGAAGGUCCUUCCCCAGCUACUGGAAGCAGCCAUGUGUCAUUCAGCAUCCUGUCAACAGAGAGAAGAACCAAUUUCCUCACCGCCAGCACCUCCGUUUCCACAACAGGCACCAAGGGUGGAGGGAGGACAUUAAGGUCUCUGCCAGCCAGCACCACACUGGCCCAAACAACAGAGAUUUCCACCACUGGUGCUGAAAACAUCAGCUCUCCAGGCCAUUCCCAUUCCUUGGGAACCCAGGGUGGUGGUGGCAGAGGUGCCGCCCUGAACCCAUUGCUCACAGGCUCGCCAUCUGCUUCAGAAAGCACUUCCCCAGACAAGACCUCAGCAAGGGGAGGGCACCUGCCUCUCACCAGCACAGCUGGUGUGGUGACAGCUACUGCCCGUGAGGAGAGCAGCACAGUGCCUGUGUUGGACACCCGUGGAGCUUCCAGUGCCACAGGGAGCUCCUCUCCCUCUCCCCCCUACACCAGCACCCUGGACACAGUCCUGCUGUCCUCAGCAGCAGCAGAGCCUGGGAAGAAGAGUCAUGUUUCACAGAGCAGUACUGGACUCAGGGAGCUUCCAACAAAGCUGCUGCCUGCAUUUUCUCCCAGCAUUUCAGUGCCUUCACCUUCAGCCACACUCUUCAUCCACAAGGAAGGGACAUCCCAAGCCCCAGGUAGCCGCAGCAUGUGGAGCACAAAAGCAGAAAGCCUCACAUCUCAGCCUGACACAGCUGGGGACACCCACACCGGCCCUGUCCCGUCCUCCACGGCAUGGCCUCGAGUGACACAUGUGUCAUCUGGCCAAGCAGGGUCCCCAGAGCCCAAGGUCACCCUUUCAUCCAGGGUCUUCACCUACUUCUCAGCUGCUGCUGAACCUUCCACUCCUGGCAGCAGCCAUCGCUCCCUAAGCAGCUCAAGGGCUGAGAAGAGGAUGUCCAGCCCCAUCACUGAUCCCAUGUACAGCUCAUCCAUGUCCGGGGGUGCUGAGGAGAGGAUGCUGCACCCAGUGACAGAUGGCACAUUGGCUGGUGCCAUGGAGAGCUCUUCUGUCCAUGCUGAAGCUUCCAGCCCUCCAGAGCCAUCUGAGCCAGCGCUGGUGGAGCAGGGCAGGCCAGCCAACGCCUCCACCAGCAGCGGGGCUUUCACGGGCUUUGCCACGGAGACGGUCUUCGUACGUUCUGCCAAGAUACCCACUUACUCUUCUUUCCAAAAUGAUCUCACAAACCUUUCAGGUAGUGGUCAGCCACUCAGUAGCAUCGAUGCUGAGAAAAGGACCUCGGUUUCUCACACAGACGGCACAUACAUUUCAACCACGUAUACCAGAGGAGGAGAAAGGACCCUGCUGUCUAUCUCCAACAGCAGCACCUCUGCUGAUUCCUCUGAAAGUUCCACCUCUUUUUCUGAAAUUUCCAGCCCUUUUGAUGCUUCACAAUCCUCUGUGGCUCACGACAGGCAGACCAAUGCCUCAAACAGCAGCAGUUUCGUUGAACCAUCUACGGAGCCGUUGCUGGUGCACCCUUCCAAACCGUCGACAUCUGAUUCUAUGGGCAGCAUAGAAAACACAACUCUGUUCAACACUGACUCUGAGUUGUUGACCACUGAUGGAUCAUCUCUGUCUUCAUCAGCAUUUCCAGCCUCUCUGUCAUCACUGCAGCACUCGCUGUCAUCAACACCACCACCAACUCAUCUGUUUACACUGUCAGACUCACCUGAGCCACGCUUGCCCUCUGUGAUGGCAUCUUCACCCCCUCUGCAGCCUUUGUCAUCCUCCUUGCCCACUUCCUCCUUGCCUGCCCCCUCUCACUCAUUAGCAUCUUUAUCGCCUGUGUUUUCAUCACCCUCAUCCAUCUCGCAGUCCAGCGAGAGUGACCAAGCAAGCACCACUGUGGCUAUGAGUGUGACCAGGCAGGUGCCCUCCACAGCCACCACAGCCAGGAGCUCACCCAGAGAGACCAACAAGCCCAGUGUCACACACCACCCCCAAAAGAGCACCACUUUCACUCCCACCAGGUCACCUCUCCCUACGGCACCCAUGGAGCUGCUUGGUGGACGCAUCGUGUCUGUGUCCUCUCCCGUGACGAUAACAGAGACUGCCUUGCCUGGAGAUGCCACCACCCAAAGGGACAGCUUUGGGAAGGCAACACCUCUGCCCACCACAGCCAGUGUUGUUCCACAGGCUGGUCCAACAGACACACCCCUCAGUCCCUCUCCAACUGCGACAAAUCACAGCAGCAUUGUCCCUGCAGUGGCAGCGACCACGGUGAAACCUCCUAUGCUGACAACGCCGGCUGGUCGCCAGCCCACCCCAGAUGAGACCAGCACCGUGAAGGACCACAGGGCCCAGACACCCCCUGCCACCAAGCACAGCUAUACCACUGGUAAAAGCACAGAAGCCGUGCAUCCCACCACUUCAAAGCCUGGUAAAGUCACUGAGGAAAACCUCCAUGUUACGAGUCCUUCUGAAGCCACUCCAACCACCAAGACCACUUUGAGCAUUGCAACUACUUUGGCUGCUACCAAACCAACCACUGUUCCUCCGCUGAGCAGCACGGCAGGGCUGAGGACAUCACCUCCAGCAACAGAGGUGGAUAAAUGUCUUUCCAACCCUUGUCCUGCGCUGGCCACCUGCAACAACACCCAUGACUCCUAUAUCUGUCAGUGUCCUCUUGGAUAUGAGCUGGAAAAAGGAAAGUGCAAUUUAGUGAGAGUAUUUAUUGGCCAGGUUCCCCUGAAACUUAAUAUCACCCAUGGGAAGUACACAGAGCUCUUCCACAUUGAGAAGGAGAUUCUGGAGAUGCUCAAUGCAUCGCUGUCAGGCUUGCCAGGAUACCACCACUCCACAGUUAAGGCAAGCAGGGAGGCAAAUUUUGUGCAUGUUUCAGUGCAAUCCACGUUCUCUUUAGCAUCCAACGUGACUUUCUUCGAUGUUAUCGGCAGUGUGAAAAGCUACAUUCGCGCUUGCAAAUCCCCCACUGAAGCCUGCCAGUUCAUCUCCAGCCUGAAAUCACUCCACAGAGCUGGCAGCUUGUGCAGACAGAAAGACCCUGAAUGUGACAAGGAAACUUCAGAAUGCACCGACUUUGAUGGAAUUGCUCUCUGCCAGUGCAAAAGUGGGUACUUCAAAUACAACAAGAUGGACCACUCCUGCAGAGCCUGCGAAGAUGGGUAUAAGCUGGAAAACGAGACCUGUGUGAGCUGCCCCUUUGGCUUGGGUGGAUUCAACUGUGGAAACCCGUACCAGCUCAUCACGGUGGUGAUUGCAGCUGCAGGAGGGGGACUGCUGCUGCUCAUGGGCAUUGCACUGAUUGUCACCUGCUGCCGGAAGAAUAAGAAUGACAUAAGUAAACUGAUUUUCAAGAGUGGGGAUUUCCAGAUGUCACCUUAUGCUGAAUAUCCGAAGAAUCCCCGGGCACAGGAGUGGGGCAGAGAGACCAUCGAGAUGCAGGAGAAUGGAAGCACCAAGAACCUGUUGCAGAUGACAGAUGUGUAUUAUUCGCCAACUGGACUGAGAAAUCCUGAACUGGAAAGAAAUGGACUUUAUCCUCCCUACACUGGUUUGCCUGGAUCUCGACAUUCAUGCAUCUACCCUGGACAAUACAAUCCGUCCUUCAUUAGUGAUGAAACCAGAAGAAGAGACUAUUUUUAACAGAGAGUGGAGAGGGAAUGGAAGAUUGACACAGUUGUGUGGCCCUUAAUCCCCAGGUAAAGCUGUCUCCUGGGUAGUUCAGGCCACAUCAAUCUUACUCUUCCCAUUUAAUAGGAAGGACUUUGAACUUCAUGCUGAGCAUUGCUGCCCUGAGGGACGGUCACAGUUGCUGAGCAUCAGAGAGGAGGAGGAGGAAGAGGAGGGAAUGGCUGAAGAAGCACACCACUAAAAGACCCAGAGGGAAGCUAACACAUGUACUCCUUAUUCGUUCUUCACUCUUCGCGCUACGUGGGCAAGCACAGAUCAGUACAGGCAGAUGAACUGUGCCCAGCACUCUGCAUUGAAUACCACUAGGGAGUGUCUUGUUUACAGAUCUUGUUCACUGUUGACUGUGCUUGUCUUCCUCGCCAGCCUUCAUGCAAAGAUUCACUGUGCAGCUGCUUUUGGUUGGGCAAGUUUGUCCACUCCCUUUUAGACCACGACAUGUGCUUUGUGCACGACAGGGAAGCUGGCUUGUCUUCUGGCCCUCACCUUCUUACUGCUAAAAGUUCUCCAGAUUCCUGGGUCAUUGUCAAAGCCCAGUGUCUGGCAAUAUUGGCUGAAUUCGUGGGUUGAUGGUCUCCAAGGAGUGCAGGAAGGUUAGUCACACCACUGCAAUUUUAACAGAAAAAAGGCACAGUUGCUCCUCUGUGCUGCUUUGAAAACCUUCUGUAUAUAAGGAAUGUUGUUGUUUUGUCAACCAAUGUUGUUCAGAAGCGAUGCCACUACACACCAUCAUGGUGCUUCCAUAUGAGAUCCUUUGGAGCUCUUUUUCCCUGCAAGAAUUCAAAUGCCUGUAGACGCAGCAAUACUAUAUUAAAUAAUUACUCACAGGGAAGAAGAUGAGCUGUGAAUUCAGAAUUCUGUGAAGGAAUCUGUGAAGGAGUAAUAAUUCUGUUGCCUUGGCAGGGCAGAGGAACUUAAAUGUUUUCAAACCUCCACAGUCCACCUUGAAUUUGUAGGAGCUGUGGAGGCUUUCAGUGCAUUGGAAAUGAGGGCUUACUGCAGUCAGUUGCAUUUAAGGAAGAGAAAAACAUGAUGCUUGCAAUCCUAACAUAGCAGAGAUCACUUAUGUUGAAGUGUUUUUCUUUCUUCCGUCCUAGUUUCGAGUGAUUCAGACCAGGCAAGUUUCCUCACCCAGGUGUGUUCGUUCAUAUUAGCAGAAAGUGAAGAAUGUAAGUUAUUGCAUUUCUCACCAAAGAUCAGAUUGAACCUCAUGGGCUGUAUUCUCACCUAAAGCGAGUGUUGAAAGAGAUCUUACUAAUCACAGAGCCCUGUUGGGGUUGGCUUGAAAGGGAUCUCACAGAUCAUCUUCUUCCAACUCCUCUGCCAUAAGCACGGACACUUCCACUAGACCUGGUUGCUCAAAGCCCCAUCCAGCCUGGCUUUGAACACUUGCAGGAUGGGGUAACUUCCCUAGGCACCCUGUUUCACCACUCUUGUCAUGGAGAAUUUUUUUCUUAUAACUAAUCUAAAUCUACCUUCUUUGCUUUAAAAUCAUUUCCCCUUGUCCUAUCCCUACAUGCCCGUGUGAAAAGUCCCUCUCCAGCUUUCUUGUAGGCCUCCUUUAGUUACUGGAAGGUGCAAUAAGGUCUCUCUGGAACCUACUCCUCUCCAGGCUGAACAGAUGAACUUUCUCAGACUGUCUUCAUAGGAGAGGUGCUCCAGCCUCUGACCACCUUUGUGGCCUCCUCUGGUCUCUUUUCUUCUUAUGGAACCCUGAACACAGCACUGCAGGUGGGGUCUCAGGAGAGCAGAGGGAGAGAAUCCUGUCCCCAUGCUGCUUCUGGUGCUGCCCCAGGACACAAUUGGCUUUCUGGGCUCUGAGAGCACAUUGAUGGGUCAUGUUGAGCUUCUCAUCAACCAACACCCCAAGUCCUCAAGGGCUAGUUUCUAUUCUCCAGCAGCCUACAUUUGUGCUUGGGAUUUCCCCGACUUACAUGCAGGCAAUAUAAUUAAAUAUAAUGAGGUAUAUUUAUCACUUUACUGCACUAUUAAUCUGAGUCAUCAAAUCCUGUUUAGAUACAAGGUCUAGAUGCAGUUUCUCCUCUUGAAUGUGUAUGGGCUUUUAAAUCCAGAUGGCUGCUUGUAUGAGGCUAACAAAUAGCACAGUUCCUUAGUCACUGACCCACCAUACCUGUAGUGUGUACAUAGGCUGAUAUUGCCUUCUCUCCCACCGUGCUUUAUAAGAAACAGUACCUACAAGUAAGUUCAGUAGGUAGCUCAGCUCACUGAAGCACUGAGGAUCAGGGGGUACAUCCCCCAAAGUGCCUAACCCCAAGGAAGGGCAGCAGUUUGGAUCUUCGUGUGUUGUGUGGCUGCUCACUGGAGGCAAACCUGGGGGAUGAGGAACUCUCCAUCAGGGAGCAGGUACUUAGAUCCUGCAGGUGGUGUGAAUUCCCAGAUCCUUUCCCAGUGCUUCAAAGCCUGUUGUGUUCCCUAUCAAAGGUCAGUAACAUGUAUCCAGAGGGAAAUGAAAUAACAACAGGCAAUUAUUAGCUGUGUUGGCUUAGAGGUUUCUGGUGCCUGCUCAGAGUUGCUCCUAUUGUCUUAAAACUUCAAGACAGGAAAGGUGCCACAGAUGUGCUUAGAAGGCACAGCUCUGUUCACCAGCCAUAGCACACAAAAACAGAGUCUUUUUUAUGCUUCAGGUCUUGUCUGCUGUGUAGAAGCAGCAGUGUGAACUUGAAGAAGAGCAGAGCUUCAUGGAUGCCCAGGGCAGUAUCCUUGGCACUUGUAUGAACUUUUGGUGACAAUAUAUGCAACUUUAUGCCUGUCUGAUCCAUAAUCAGCCUUGCAGCUGGUAGUACACAGCUGAUCUCAGCUGUGGGGGGAAAGGAAUGGAUGCUUAUGGGAGUUACAGCUGCCUAAGGAACUGUAUUUAAGGAAAGCUCUACUUACAGUGUCCAAGAUAUUAUAACAGGUAAUGCACAGGAAUUAGCUGCUCCCUGCCAUGCUGAUCAGAGUUUUUAUCCAGGACAGAAAGGACUGCCUUUCCCCUGGUAUGGAGUAGAGUUUUGUCUUUGUUACAAAAUAAAAGAGGAAGAUCCAAUUUGUUCUUACUCUAAAUCCAAAGCAAAUAGACAAGCACUGGAGUUUGUCCCUUUUUAGUAAAGCAGAUUUAGUGAUAAAGCUAAAGUGAUAAGGAGAUGUCCCAGCAAUGAUGAGAAUCCCGUGAUUUAACCAUGUGCCAGCAUUUCCUCAGAUGGGGAAGCAUUUAGGCCCACUCUUAUCAGCAAAGAUGUUUAAUUGCUUGGUUGGUUCAAAGGCUAGGAGAUUAACUUCUAUGUAUCAAGUACAAAGUAUGACAUACCAACUCACAGUUGAAGAUCAGUUAUUUUUCACAAAGAGUAGGUGAACAAAACUUCUGGUCUGUAUCUCCCAGCACUUUGCAAAUUCUAGGUUAUUUGAAUGGAAUUGAGAUAGGACUAUUUAUAAUGAGAGCACACAAGAGUUGGCAAGCAAUUAGUUUUAAUAUCUUAAUGGUCAUCAAAUUCUUCUUAAAUUGUAUCUGGAGAGAAAGAGUCUCAGUAAAUCCAGCAGGACUUUCUGAGUGAGGACUGCAAAGCUUGUAAUUUUCUGAAACAGGGUGUUUUUGCACUGAAAUUUUCUCUCUGCCAAUGGAGGUAAACAUUGGGGCAUUUCUUAUGAGGAUUUAUCCAUCACAGCCUGACCUUCUAUUUAGCUUGGGUAAAAAAAGUCAGAGACUCCAAUGUAUAGUCCACAGGAGGAGGAGGAAAAGGGUCUCUCCUGACCUGACAAAACUUCUCUGGGUGUCCUAGGAGGACCUGCCCAGCAGGCAAGAGAGGAGUUUAGGCAGGAGGAGUCAGCAGCCAGAUGAGUGCAGGUGCUUUCCCCUGCAGUGUUCCAGGAAGCCUUUCUGGAGGUGACAGAGGCAGCCUGGUGUGACUCAGGCCCUGGGUCUCCACCAGCCCAGCUGCAAGCUGUGCUGCAAGCUGUGCUGCAAGCUGUGCUGCAAGCUGUGCUGCAACCUGUGCUGCAACCUGUGCUGCAACCUGUGCUGCAGUGCUGCUGUCUGCAGCCAGGCACCACCCGCUCCCAGGGACAGAAGGGGUGGGUGCAGUGCCCUGUGUUAUGUCACAGUUUCUGAGGGUUAUUUUGCUGCAAGUGUUCCCUGCCUCACCCCAGCAGUGCAGACUCACCCGGCCACAGAAGGGAUGUGGCCUGUUCCACUGCAGGUUGUCUCUGUGUAAAGCUGCCAGCAGGAUCCUCUCUGUGUCUGCCAUAAACAAAGCACCCUUUGGCAGAGGAGUGGGGCUUGUUACUCCUCUGGGGUAUAAAGAAGGGUCUCUAUGUGCCCUCAAGCCCACUUUCAAAAUCUGAUGAUUCUCUGUUCACAACCUAACUCCCCAUAGGGUGUCUAAGUGCAUGCAAAUUAUUUCUCAUCUCUCCUUUAGAUUACUUUUAGCUACCCCAAAUUGAAAAUUUUGAGCACACUGGAUGUUUUCACCAAGGGGAAUCAGUCUCCACUAUCCAAGAGGAUAAGAGGGAAGUGGCAUGUUUUUGAUAUGGAGAAUGCAAGUAGUUCAGCCAGAUGUGGGGAAAGGAAGAAAAUCUGCACCAGCACUGCUCAGUAAUCUGCUAUUGCUUCUAGCUGCUGUGGAAAGUGAGGGGAGCAGUCAGGAAGGACCCAUGGGAAAUUGUGUGGAUGUAUUUUUAAUUACAUUUGGAAAAAGAAAAGCUACUUCUUUUGAUUGUCAGGAAAAGUUGUGAGAGGCACGUGUUUGAUGCUAUGGUGCUCUGCCAGUUAUACUGACAAACCCACAAAGAAAGCCCUGACAGUCAGCACAGGAGAAGCAGUUCCAUGAACUGAUCAGCAAACACUGAUUUGAGGAAUCUUUCAAAAGGCAUCUUGAACACAGAGUCUUCCUGUGCCCUGCUGUUUGCCCUGGCCAGUCCUUCCAGCUGCACUGGGAAAAUCAGGGCCAUUUUUCAUACUGUUGAACCCUCACAAGCAGCUUCAUGCACUCAUAGCACUGAACUGGACUAUAAGUGGAAAAAGUAGGCCGGGUUGAUGCCCUUUUCCUCCACCUCGGAAGCGUUGGGUUUUAUAGCAGCGAUAAAUCUCAUUGCUCCUGCGACAUUUCCCGUAAGAUCCACUGGCACAGUCACAUACUCAGUUACCACUCAUGAGCAGCCUUAUGAAGGGCUUCAGGGCAGUAAAAGGCUUUAAAAAUAGCAAUAAAUUGCAGUUAGAGAGAGGGUUUCAUAAUUUAUCAUUGUGGAAUUGUUUCUGCCAAUACCUGUACAGGUUGUUUGCUGGGACCUGAGUGAGCACAGAGUGGGUUUGGACACUGCUGCAGAUAAGCCAAGUUGCUUUCCUGGGACUUGUCUCUGAUGCUGGUCAAUGGCCAUAUCCAUUCCAAAUCCAGCUGGAAUUUUCAUUCCCUAAUAGUAAGCUUUAGCUUUUUUCCUUAAAUUAACUAGAACGGAUGCAUUUUAGUUAAAUGCUCUUCCUAUGCUGACUAAUGUUUUUUCCUUUUUACACACAAAGGAUGUAAUCCAGCAUCCAUUUCAGUGACUGGGGUAACUCUCCCAUAGACUGUAAAGAAGUUUUUUUUAGGGCUGAAUUAUUCCACCACCAGGGUCAUCUGUGUGUAGUACAUACUUUCCCAUGGCUCUGUGUGCCUGUUUCUGUGACACUGUUCCUGCAUUUCCUUGUUGUGUCUAUUUUUUUAAAAGCAUAAUUAUGACUGCAGCAGGACCUGUGUUAUGUGAGAAUGAACAAAACAGUUUCAAGAUAUGAAACAGCUUCCUGGGAAGAGAAUGGAUGUGAAUUUUGUGUAGUUGUUUUACUGCUCAGACAGCCUAAUUCCCAUCAUGUAGUAUCUUGGGAUGUAGAGAUGCUUCCUGCUGUCACUCAUGUCAACUGCUCUGCAGAUCACUCUUACCUUUCCCUUUAGAAAUUAAGCAAGGUCUCCUAGUUUCAGAAUGAGUAUGUCCUCUAUGCUUGUAAGAGUUUGGGGCCUUUUCAAUGUACAUUUAAUUCUUCAUUCUGUUGAACUGCUGAAAUUGAAAAUCGGGAGAGAAAUUCAUGAAGGAGUAAGCACUACCAAAAUUUUUAAAAAAAGAUAAAAAAAAGCUUACUUAUUUUGCAGAAUUGGUGUCAGUACUGUGAGGUCAUGUGUGGGAUGACAACUCUUCCAGUCUGUGUAUAGUCUGUGUUGCGUAAAUUCCUUGUGAGGGAACACCUAGAGAGGGCACCUGAUGUUCCUCCAAAGUGGUAUUUAAAUGCUAAAUCACUCAGUCUCUCUUUCAAUGAAAUACUAGAAGGGGUGGGAGUCUUACUUGGGUUAAUGACUGCAGCAGGCAGCCCCCAGGUCUGCAAAAUCUUGGAUGGAAAGUCCUGUGGAAUACAAUAAACACUGAUCACUUCUCUUGAAUAUGGCUAUAGAAUUCACUGGAUGUAAAAAUCAUCAAUAAAAUCUUCUAGAAUGGGUUUACUUUAAAGAAAAAAAAACCCAACAGGAUAAAUAAUUACUACCUUCCUUUUUUCAAAGGAAAUUCUGUUAAACUCAGUCAUUUGCUUUUAAACCCAUUAAAUUCUGCAGGACUUUCUCCUAGUGGAAGGUGAAACUUGAUAUAUAAAAUCAUAAUGAUUUAUUUGAGCAGCUUUUAGAAUUGCAGUAGUAAAGCUCACAUUUUGUGACCUCUCUUUCAAAAGAUAAAUUUUUAGCGUUUGUUUGUGCUUCUUUACAACCUGAAUGUAAACCUGCUUUAUGUUCUUAACAUUGCUCCACUUCCUUCCCUCUCUCUCUGAAUGUUUGCUUCCAAGUCUCUGGGGUUCUGAGGAUGUUUUCCAAACCAGUAUUAUUUAAAGUUGUAUCAUAUUUUCAGCCUCCACUAAUUAUACAGUACUGUAGUAGCAAAAUAUAAUUUUUAAGGAUUGGAUUAUUUUUAUACCUGCAUCCAAUAUUAUUAAAUCUGGCGUUCUAGUCAGUAUCAUAAAAGGAUACAAUAAAACAAUGAGUAUUACUAA